UUCUCUACUGACCUGGAACCUGGCAGACAUGGUGACAGCACCUUGAGUUGGGCGUGCUUUCAGGAGAUAACAGCGACCAGCAGCCUCACCUGCCCGUCUCACAUACAAUCACAAACCCUGGCGAUCGGAUGAGAAACUCAAUUUAGAACUGGGCUUCUCUCUGGAAGUGAAAAGAACCACUUAGUGUAUGUAACACCGGAUAAAAGAGAAAGAAAUGGAUGGGAAGAAUACGCAAUCUAUGGAGCUGGUGAAAAGACAGACAAGAUAUGCAUCAUUCCAGGGUCUGCCGGCCAGCAUGAUGCCCGGGGAGGACUUGUUUGUAGCCGAAGAAGACAACAGUUUAUAUUUUACAUAUUCUGGGACUCCAAAUGUGCUUGAGGUUAAGGACCUGCACUACCAGGUCAAUUUAAAUGACCAGAUUCCGUGGUACGAGAAACUCGCCGAGUUUAAAAUGCCCUGGGAAUGGGGUAAAGGUGGCGAGACCUCAGCAAUGACAAACCUGAACGUGAGGGUGAGCAGCGGCCAGAUGCUAGCGGUCAUAGGAAACACAGCCUGUGGCAGGACGUCACUGCUUGACAUCAUUACAUGCAAGGACGAAGGAGGAAAGAUUAAAUCGGGAGAGAUUCUAAUUAAUGGAAAACUCACCACAAAACAGCUGGUUAAAAAGUGUGUAGCUCACGUACGCCAGGAUGACCAGCUCCUGCCACACCUGACGGUUCGCGAAACGCUGUCAUUUAUUGCCAAGCUUCGUCUACCUAAAACAUUCUCAGAGUCGCAAAGGCAAAAAAGGGUGGAAGAUGUCAUAGCAGAACUGAGGUUACGGCAGUGUGCCAACACCAAAGUCGGGAAUGAAUACACUCGAGGAGUAUCUGGCGGGGAAAGACGAAGAGUGAGCAUCGGAGUCCAACUUCUCUGGAAUCCAGGUAUUCUGAUACUUGACGAGCCCACGUCUGGAUUGGACAGUUUUACGGCUCACAACCUUGUGAUCACUUUGUCUCGGCUGGCCAGAGGAAAUCGACUGGUCAUACUAUCAAUCCAUCAGCCCCGCUCUGACAUAUUCCAGCUGUUCGAUCUCGUCCUUCUUCUCUCGUCGGGAACUACUAUAUAUUCUGGAACAGCCAAAGACAUGGUCCAAUACUUCUCUUCCAUAGGAUAUCCCUGUCCCAGAUACAGUAACCCUGCAGACUUUUAUGUGGAUUUGACCAGCAUUGAUAAGCGGAGCAAAGAGCAGGAAAUGCAAUGUCUGGAAAGGACAAGGUCUCUGGCGCAGAUUUUUUGGGAAAAAGUCAAAGAUUCAGAAGAUUUCUUGUGGAAAGGCCACAAUGAAGAAAAUAAGGAAAGGACGCCCAGCGAGGCAUGCUUUAUGAAACCGCACGAAAAAAUCAUUAAUAUUGAUGCACAUGAAACAGAUGACCUGCCUCAAGGAUUUCACCAAUUUUCAGUUUUAUUAAGGCGGCACAUUUCCAAUGACCUGCGCGACCUGACCACCUUACUUAUCCACGGGUUCGAGGCUCUUCUCAUGGCGUUGUUAAUUGGCUUUUUAUAUUACGGGCAAGGGGGAAAUCAGCUUUCCAUACAAGACACCAUCGCCCUCCUCUUCAUGAAGGGAUCGAUCACACCAUUUGCUGUGGUCCUCGAUGUUGUUGCCAAAUGUCACUCGGAGAGAGCUAUGCUUUACCACGACCUCCAGGACGGACUGUAUUCCAUCACUCCUUAUUUUUUUGCAAAGGUCAUUGGGGAACUCCCGGAACACUGUGUUUUUGUCAUUUUCUACGGGGUUCCAAUAUACUGGCUGGCAAACCUGAACCCACAACCAGAAAACUUCCUACUGAACAUCUCGCUGCUCUUCCUCAUUGUGUAUUGCAGCAGGGCGAUGGCUUUAUGGAUGUCGGCUCUGCUGCCCACGCUGCAGAUGUCCUCCUUUCUCAGCAAUGCCCUUUUUACUGCCUCUUAUUUGACAGGAGGGUUUGUAAUUAAGCUGGAAAACCUAUGGACAGUUCCCUUUUGGAUCUCCUUUGUAUCUUUCCUCCGCUGGGGUUUCGAAGGUCUCAUGCAAGUUCAGUUCACCGAUUUGUCGUACGAAUUGUCUGUUGAGAACCUCACCAUCACAAUUCCGGGAGAACUGAUCAUCCAGAACAUGGAAAUGGACUCUUACCCAUUGUUUUCGUGCUACCUCGUACUUAUCGGAAUCAGUGCUGGCUUUCUCCUGCUCUACUUCCUAAGCCUCAAGUUUGUUAAGCAGAAAUCAAGCCAAGAUUGGUAAAACCCAACCAAAAGUGCCAGAUCUCUUAGUGAUGACCAUUCCAACACUGGAUGUAAUUGUUGAGCCCAGAGCUUUGUGAUGAGGUGUAGGAAAACCUUCCAGACUUUAAAGAUUCUGAGUCUACAGUGCGGGAAGAAGUUCGGUUUUGUUUAAAGGAACGGUAAUAGUGAAUAGCGGUAGAGAAGCAUAUAUUGCAUAUACAGCCAUUUCAAUGCAUUCUCUCAUAGUAUGCAACCCCAUCGCAGCCGGUUUUUAAUAAAAAAACACUUUUCCUUUAAAGUACAGCAAUCUGUAUGAACAUAUGUUUAGUGGCUAGGGUACUGCACCAUAUGCUUUUACCCAGCGUGGUAUUUAUGUCCAAUGCUAUCCUAGACCUAACCGCAGCAGCUGUCCCUUGUGCCGCGAUCCUCUUAAAUAUGAUGAGUAUAGAGUCCUAUGGAGCCCACCAUAGUGUAAAGGGACAGGUUUGGGACACGUGGGACAUGUUUGCCUCUGCCCCUUGGACCUGUCUGCCUAAGCCAGUAUACGCUACUUUUACCUCUUUGCACCAGAGGUGUUCUUUGUACAUAACCCUCAAAAUAUUGUUUGGUUUUUUCUUUUGAAAUAUUAUUUUGGUACAAAUGUAGACUUGUUCCCAUUCAUAUUGGAAUUGACUUAUUAUAGCAUAAUUGGUUGUAUUGUACGACUGGCAGCGAUAUUUGAGUUCCAACAAAAGAAUUAUUGCUGGCUUUUGUAAAUAGCAUAUAGUUGAAACGUAAAAAAAAGUAUUUUUUUUUUUUACACUAAAAUGUACUAAUAUAAACGGCUUCUUAUUCUAGAGUAAUUAUAAGAAUAAAAGGGAUUAUUUUGGUUGUACAGUUGUAGUAUAAGAUGGAAACUUAAAUAAAUACAUAAUAAUAAUAAUAAUAAUAAUAAAUAUUGGAUGCGGUUAUAAAUAUGAUUUGUGUUGUGUAUUGCGUACCGGCCACUGGGUGGCAGUAAAAUCCUAAAUUUGGAAGUUGCAGGACAACCCUUUGAUGAUAAACACAUUUCCCCCCAAAACAAGGUUAUAUUUUAGUUUUUAUGUUUGUAUGUAAGUAUUUUGUAUAAAUUACCUAAAAAAAUAAAUAACGAACAAUUUAUCUAAUAAUACAUAUUUGUAGGGUCCAGUGCAAUAAAAUUCAUAACGGUU